CCUCCCCAAACUAACAGCUGUGAUGUCACGCCUGGCAUGUUUUUUGGUCAUUGGCUGUGCCUCACUCCGCUCCUCGAGAGAAUCUGUAAGAAAUGAGCGUGGAUCCUGUUCCUGUAAGUUGAUGGCAAAGUUUAAACACCGCAAAUAUUCGGAGGCGAAGCAGAAUGCUGAGGAGAGACACUUCUCGAUCGUAUCAAGAGUUCAAUGGUGAAGACUGCGCAGGGCCACUUGAGUCUUACCCGAACAAUGAUGUUUCUGAAAUGGAGCAAGAUCAAGCCAGUUGUGGCCCUUCACCAGACAAUGCAGAUGAGGAUGUUGUGGACAACAACCUAAUGCCCAUUGGUUUCAACAAAGCUUGCGUGAAGAAUGUUUUCACAGUCAUCCUUGUCCUCAUUUACUUGCUGCUCACUACGGUGGCUGUGUUCUUGGCCUACCAAACCAUUUCAGACUUCUUGGAAAAGCUCAACCAUCCAGUGAUGUCUGUUUCAUACAAAGAGGUUGAGGAGUUUCCUGCACCAGGAAUUGCUUUGUAUCCCGGGAAGGCGCAGUUACUAAGUUGCAUGCAUCACUAUCACGACAACAUUCCACCUCUUGUUGCACUGGACAGUCUAAAGGAAAGAAACUGUAUAAAAGAGGAGGUUAUUUACCACGGACCAUAUUCGAACCAGACGCAGAAGCGAGCCGUGGUGGUCAGAGGGCCGACUGAUGUGAGGAACCGAGAACUUGUAUUCCUGCAAUUCAGCCGGAAUGAAACGGAAGAGGAUUUCAGCGCAAUCAGUUACAUGAUAUUUUCCAAAUUCAGCGACAUGGUUAAAAGCUCAGAUAAAGCUGCUUUUAUGAUGGAGUGUGAAAGGAAUUACUCCAUGUGGACCUUUUCUGGAGGCUUUCGGACGUGGGUCAAAAUGUCUUUGGUCAAGACGACAGGCAGAGGAAAUGAGUCGGUUGAAUUUAGACAGGAGUCCAGUGUGGUGAAGUACAUUGACAAGAGGCCUCCACAGGAGCAGGCCAAUGAGCUUUUCUUUGUUGUUUUCCAAUGGCGAGAUCCAUUUAUACAGCAAGUCAAAGAUAUUGUCACAGCAAACCCGUGGAACACCGUAGCCAUAUUGUGUGGCGUCUUCAUGGCUCUUUUUAAAGCAGCAGAUUUUACCAAACUCAGCAUUAAGUGGAUUAUCAAAAUUCGCAAAAGACACUUAAGGGCAAAAAUGAGAGAGCUGGACCAAAUAAGCUAAUUAUUUUCUGAUUCAUCUAACAACACAGUGUUGAACACUGCAGCAUUUUUAAUUACAAAUAUCAAACACUUUAUGCAACACGCUUUUUUCAGAGCAAAGAGUCUAUUAUGCUUUUAUGAGAAUUGUGAUGAUGUUGUAUUGUACGUUUUGUUUUUAACUGGACUAUAGAUUUUAACUUGAUAUUGUAAAGCAUCUAUGUGUAGUGAAGAGUGAAUGCUGAGCCAUGUGUACUGUUGUACAGGGGCAAAGUGUAUUCAUGUGGUCGUGACACUGAAACACUAAUUAUUCACAUCCAUUCUAUGUCAGAUUAAGCUAGUUAAAAAUUAUGACUAAGAAGGGAUUUUGCUGAAUCAAAAAAGGCUUUUAAUGACAAGGACCUUUGGUUAUGUUGCAUUUCCCAACGAUCAAUAAAUAACUCUUGCAGGGCAUACAGAAAUUUUCUGGUUAUACUGCUGUUCUUUUUUGUUAUCAAUGUGAAUGUAUGUUUUAUUAUUAUGAUGUAUGUUGUAUAAACCAAUCGUAUUAAAUUAUUUCAUUGAUUUAAAACGUUCUGUAAACAUGCAUUAUUUAACCAUGCUUACAAAACAAGUUCAGGUCUUUUUUAUGUCCGUUGUUAUGGUACCAUUUUGGUGCUUUCUAAUGACCAAAUUACUUUUUGCUUCU